AUGAAUACUGUCCUAUACGAAAUAAAAGACGUCAAAGCAAUCGUAUACUUAGAUGAUAUAAUUGUUUUUGGCACUACCGUGGAGGAACACAAUAACAACUUAAGUAAGGUGCUGAAGGCUUUGCGUCAACAUAAUUUGAAAGUUGAGCCGGGCAAAUGCCAGAUAUUGAAAGAUGAAAUAAAAUACCUAGGGCAUGUGAUAGAUCAGAAUGGAGUACGUCCUAUGGAGGACAAUAUAAUGGCUAUCAAAGAAAUGGCAGCACCUAGAACGGUCAGAGGCGUCCGCUCAUUUCUAGGAACGGUAAACUUCUAUGGAAAAUUCAUACCGCAACUAGCAGAGAAACGUAAACCGUUGAACGACCUCUUGCGGAAAAAUGUAAAAUUUGUUUGGACAGACGAAUGCCAGAAAGCAUUCGAGGAGUUAAAAUUUUUUCUGACAUCCGACACACUGUUAGUUAGACCGAACUACAAAGAUACGUUCGUGAUCACAACAGAUGCUAGCGAGUACGCCAUUGGAGCUGUACUAUCUAACGAAAAGUCUAUCGAUAGACCAAUAGCAUAUGCCAGUAGAGGCCUAGUAGGUGCUGAAAGAAGGUACCAUACGAUUGAGAAGGAAUUGUUGGCCAUUGUCUGGGCGGUAAACAAGUUCAAACACUUCAUUUAUAAUCAAAAAUUCAUCGUCUACACAGACCACAGACCGUUAAUUUCAAUAUGGCACUUGAAGGAAACUUCGCCAACGCUAACACGGUUACGAUUAAAAUUACAAGGAUUGGAAAUAGACAUUCGCUACAAACAAGGCAAGGACAAUGUCGUAGCAGACUUUUUAUCGAGAUUGCCCGAACAGGAUGAGACCCCACACACCAUAUCGGUAGUAACGAGACAACAAAAACGCCAACACCAGCAAGCAGAAGAAGAUCUUGCGAAGCAGAAAGAUGCAGAGAGUAGAGUGAACCCCAAGCAAAUUAGGGAUGAAUCCGGGCGAUUCGCGUUAUUUGAAAAUAAACAGAAAACUGAAUGGAACCCACACAUGGACGGGUUGGAAAACAUCGAUUUUGGAUGCGAUGAGAAGGAAGAUUUGGGGGGAUUCUCGUACCUCGAGGAGUACGAUAUAUGUACCAGAGAGAACGACAUUGAAUUCAAUCGAUUAAAAAUUUCGACAAAGAAAAUCGACGAAAACAACGCUGAGGCUACAUUCGUAAUAGUAAACAGCAAAUCAGCAUACAAGGAAUUGGAGGAAAUCGUAGAAUUACCUCAUGGUCUAAAGGACCACUUGAACGGAAGGAUCUUUGAAAUUCCGAAUAGGAAGCUAUGGGGGUUGAUUUUGAACGGGUCCAAGAAAUCAUUAACAGAUACACACGUACUUUUGGGAGGGCUAAUGGAUGCCUUUACAAACUGCCCCGAAUACGUAAGAAAUGCGGAAACCAUUCAAAUCAUUUCAUUCAGGAACUUGAAAAGGGCUCCUGAGUCGACGGCACUAAGGUUUAUUGCCAAGAAAUUUGGCAAGAUAUUCACAUUAUACGCCCCAGAGAAGGAUCGAAUGCUUGUAGCAGAGGAGGAUCGCGAGACAGUAUUAAAAGAAUUCCACGAUUCUCCCUUAGGCGGACAUGUAGGUAGCAAACGUAUGCGGAUGCGAAUGAGCCCGCUGUUCCAGUGGAAAAAUAUGCGCCAAGACAUCGAGAAUUAUGUCAAACAAUGCGAAUCGUGCCAGAAAAAUAAGAUUGGCAGGGCAAACAAAAUUCCGAUGAAGAUAACUACAACAUCUUCUGAACCAUUCGAGAAAUUAUAUAUGGACAUAGUAGUACUCCCAGAAUCAGACUGGGGUAACAGAUAUGGUCUGGUUAUGCAAGACGAUCUGACCAGAUAUUUAAUCGUAGCACCCAUGACAAAUCAAGAGAGCUCCACAGUUGCUCAAACAUUCGUAGACCAUUAUAUAUGUAAAUUUGGGACACCGGCCGAACUGGUAACCGACAAUGGAACAAAUUUCGUAAGUUCUCUAAUGAAAAACGUAUGUAAAAUUUUAAAAAUUAAGAAGAUUACUACAAGUACCUACCACCCACAAGCAAACCUCGUGGAGAGAUCAAAUAGGGAAUUGAAAACUUAUCUUAGACAGUACGUGGGUAGCGACCCAACAACCUGGGAUCAGUUGUUACCAUUCUUCACGUUCGAAUAUAACACGACCAUAAACUCAUCUACUGGCUACACGCCGUUUGAGUUAUUAUAUGGAAAACGGGAAAAUAUUCCGAAUUCAAUUUACAAAUAUGACAAUGAUGGUUUAUACUACGAAGACUACGUGAACGAAAUGCGAUCGACAUUCAAGCGAUUACAUACUCAAGCACGAGAAAAUCUAGUAAAAUCCAAAGAAAAACGGAAGGAGUUGUACGAUAGAAGCUCCAAUGAAUGGCAACCAAUGUGGGGAGACUUGGUACUAGUUAAAGCCAACCCCACAGGAGCAGGACAGAAAUUACAGUCGCUAUGGAGAGGACCCUACGAAGUAGUUGCUCUCCCUAGCGAACAAACGACAACUAUCAAAAACGGAAACAGAUUAGAAAAGAUUCAUAACAACAGAUUGAAGAAGUACACGGAUUAA